AUGUUAUUUCGUUCAACACUUGUUCAAUUAUUGGUGGUGCUGAUGUUAUUAUCGCUCCAACUAAUCGCUCAUUUAUUUCUAGUUCAUGCACAAAAGAGUAGACCAGUUGAGUAUUCUCUUGAAACUAUAUUGGGAGGACAAAUUGGAGAUGGCAUGAAGGCAACCAAUGUUGGAAUGUAUAGACCUUAUGGAUUGGCAGUUGACAAGAAAAACGGUAAUAUUUAUUAUGCAGAAUCGGCAGGAGGUGGAUCUUUGACGACAAGUGGCGUUCCUGCACUUUCGGCUAGAUUAUCCUAUCCUGUGUGUAUUGCAGUUUCGCCAAAAGAUGAAAUUUUCAUUUGUGAUAACAAUAAUAUUAGAAAGAUUGUGAAUGAUACCUUUUAUAAUGUUGUUGGAAAUGGACAACUUGGAAAUAGUCCAGAUGGCACGCCAGCUGUCACUGCUAGUAUUAAAACUGCAUAUGGAAUUGCUUUUCAUCCAGUAACAGGUGAGAUGUACUUCUCUGAUAUAAAUAAUAAUGUGAUUCGUUACGUGGCAAGUAAUGGAACAUUAUUGACCUACGUCUCUAUUGUUUCUCCUGGAGCGAUUGUUUUUGAUUCGAAUGGUAAUUUAUUUGCUCUCAGCUUGACAAAAGGUCAAGUUAUCAAAAUUUCUAAUGGUGUUAAAACUGUCAUUGCCAACAAUGCAGGAGUUGUUGGAUUCAGCGGAGAUGGAGGUAGUGCUCUCAAUGCUCGUUUUACCUAUCCAUCUGGAUUAGCUCUUUAUGGAAAUAGUUUAUAUGUUUCAGAUUUUGCUGACUAUAGAAUUAGAAAAAUCGACUUGGUGCUUGGAAAUAUUAAUACAGUUGCAGGAGAUGGCUCAAUAAGAUAUCAAGUACUUUCAGGAAAUGUUUCGAAUAUUUCACUUUUGAAUCCAGUAUCUACAUUUUAUAAUUCUAAAAGAGAUGAAUUGUUGGUAGUGGAUAGUUCAGUUGGAGUUGUUUUAAAACUUAAUUCAGUUGCUAAUUAUGGAAAUUCAUUGGUUGACCGUGUGGCUGGAACUGGAAUUAUCGAAUUGGACACUGAUGGAAAAUUGGGAAAUUUAACUUCGCUUUAUACUCCCAUUUCAGUUACUCAAUCAGAAUCCUCAAGUGAUAUUUACAUUGGUACCACUAUUGGAAUUAAGAAACUAACCGAUUCUAAUAAGCUUAUUUCAUCUUUUGCUGGUUCACAAGCUUAUAGCUCUGGAGAUGGAUAUCCAGCUACUGCAGCUAGAUUGUCAAGCCCAGAAGGAAUAGCAAUCUCAACAAGUGGUGAAGUUUUCAUCAGUGAUAAGGGCAGUCACACUAUUCGAAAGAUUGAUUCGAAAGGUGUCAUCUCCAAUGUAGCAGGAACUGGUUCAGCAGGAUAUGUAGAUGGACCAGCAUUGAAGCCAAAACAACCAAUUGACACUGCUGCUCUUUUGAGAAAACAUGCUCGUAACUUGUAUCCAGAUUCAAGCGAUCGUCAAAUUAUAAGAAAGUUAUUCCCAAGAGUCAAGUCAAUCAAAAGACGUCUUGCCCCUAAGAGUGUUGAUAAUGUUGUAAAGAGUUUGAGUGAUGCUUCUUCAUUUGAUUGUGCUAGAUAUUGUGCUGGUAGUACUGGUGAUUAUAAGGUUUCUUGUUAUCAUCAUUGCAUGCGUUAUAAUUUGUAA